AUGGGUUGCAAUUUUUCUAACCAGGUCACAGUCACACAGGUGUCUUCUGAGGACCUCCAGAACCACCAGGAAGUCAAAAGCCAUGCAGUGACUUCUUCCCCACAGACUACUAAAAAUGACAGUAGCGAUGGAACAGAGAAGGUCCCCUCUCAGACUGGGGCAGCUUGGCCAACAGGCACUUCAAAGGAUGGAGACAAAGCUGAAGAUGAGACUAGUGAGGGAGAGUCCCCUGAAGAACUACCAGAAAGAUUUACAUCUUUUCAGAUAAACAGCAAUUCACAAAGCAUUGACAGCAAGUUCAUCAGUAAAUCCUUGACCUUAGAGGAGAGGCAAAAAUCAUCAGACAUUCUUGAGGAGCUGAGGGUGCAGGGAAUAAUCAAAGGCCAAAGUACCACUGCCAGAACUGGAGAAGCAUAUAAGAACAAGAGAGAUGCCCUGGAAAAGGCACUGAAGAAACCCCCAGUGAGGCUGGAAAAAAUUCAGUUUGGAAAUGAAGAGGUGGGUGAUUUUACAGUGAAGGACAUGAAGACUUCUGCUGAAGCAAAGAAACAGAGUGAAAAAGACUGCCCAAAUUUUGAAAGUCAAGGAGGUAUAGACACCCUUCAGUCUUCACCUUUAGAUGGUGAGCCAGGGGUACUGCUGAAGAAAAUAACUGCAGUAGAAGCCACAAACAACUAUAGUGAGGACUCUGUCAUCAAGUCUGAUACCUUGGAUCCAAAUUGA